AUGCUUCACACCUCUUACCAUGCCGACUCCGAUGCGGAUGACGAGUACGAGCGCAGCGUGAUCACUUCGCCGCACCUCCAAACAGAAUUUGAAGCCUCUCCCAUUGAUUCCGACAUCCCUUCAUCCGAACACACCCCGACCAAGUUCGGCUACCCCAGCGAUGGCCCGCGCACCCCGCGUUCAAUCAUAUCAGAAUGGACAGCAGAUGAAUGUAUCGAGUUUUUGACGUCGCUUGGCCUUCUCCAGUAUUGUGGAACCUUCCGAGAGAAUGGAAUUGUGGGCGAAGCACUUAUCGCGCUCAAGCAUGAUGAACUGAAGGAAAUGGGCAUCAACAGUGUGGGGCACCGUUUGACGAUUUUGAAAAGCGUCUACGAGAUCAAAAUCCGACAGCAGGUUCCCCUGGAUGUUGACCACUAUAUCCCGCUCUCGGCCGACCAAAGCAUGAACGAAACUGCGUCCCAAGAUGACCUUGCCCGUCUCAUUCAAUCGAUUCAGCGUCGGGAUGAAACAAUCAUCACAGUACAGGCGGAAAUGCGCCGCCUUACGGAGGACUACCGCCGAUUAAGAGAGGAAAUUCUCCCCGUUAUCAAAAUCGCCAAAGAUCGAUCUCAGCCGCUUCCCCCGCCCUCUUCCUUGAACCAGUCCUCGGACACAUACCACGACGGUUCAACUCUGACAUCACCAUCCCAACUCACCCUCGUAGACAAUCCCUCAUCAUCAAAACUGAGCCGGGCCUUCUCCAAGCGCACGUAUGGCGGAGGUACAACACCCAAGACCAACUCACCGACACACAUCCCUCCUGCUGUCUAUGAAGGGCGGAGCUACUCUGAAGGAGCUACUCUGGAUCCAUCUGCCGCUGCCGUGGCUGCUUCUUCACACCUCACUGCUUCAAUGAAUGGGGGAUUACAGCACUCACCUGGAGUCCCAUCACCAACUUCUCCGAACGCCCACACCUCUCAACACCAGACACUCAACCCGCGGUCUUACUCUCAACCCAACUCCAACUCCAGACACGAUCACUCAGAGGAGAUAUCAAGAACCUCGUCCCGAACAGAUCGGCUUACUCCCAGCCAGCAGCCACCUCGAACGGAAACACCAUCCUCUGCAUCCCGCACGGAGAAUCGCAACACGGGCGAACCCUCCAGUGUGGAAAUUUUCAAAUCUUUCCGCGUAUCUUGGGAGGAUCCAUGUUACAAGGUCCUUCCUGCUGCUUUAAAGAAAUACAACAUUCACUCCGACCCGAAGAACUACGCACUCUACAUUGUUUAUGGCGACCAGGAACGGUGUUUAGCAUUGGAUGAGAAACCUCUUUUGCUCUUCAAACAACUUGAGAAGGAAGGUCGGAAGCCGAUGUUCAUGUUGCGGAAAAUUCACCCGGACAAUCCUACCACCUACCCACCCAGUGGGUCGGCGCCCAACAGCGCUGGAUUCGAGGGUGGACGCCAAGGGCAAAUCAAUUUACCGGGAGGAGUUCUGUGA